UCAGAAACCCAAGAAAGUCAUAGCAGCAAAACCAUGAGGCCGUCGCAAGCUCUCUCGCUUCUCGUCCUCCUCAUGAUUCUCGCCUCGUCCAGUGCUUCCAUCCUACAAGACACGUGCAAGCGCUUCGGCGGCGCUGACACCUACGACAUCUGCAUCGAGUUCUUCAAGGCCAACAAGGACAGCGCCGCUGCGGACAAGCGCGGCCUCGCCGUCAUCGCCACUGGGAUCGCCAGUGCGACGGCUGUGGACACCCGCAAGCGCAUCGCGACCCUGAAGGCCGAGGAAAAGGACGAGAAGAUCCAGCAGGUCAUCGCCUACUGCGACAAUAUGUACUCCGGGGCUGUCGGUCUGUUCGACAAGGCUGCCAAGGGCAUCUCGUCGGGCAAGUUGGGAGACGCGGUGAUAAGCCUCAGCUCCGCGCUGGACAUCCCCCAAUAUUGCGAUGACGAGUUCGUCAAGGCAGGCGUGAAAUCUCCGUUCGACGCUGAGAACUUCAAGUUUGGGGUGCAGUGCGCCAUCGCUCUGGAUGUAACGAAGCUGUUGACGCUGUAGUUAGCUAGCCACCGAGGAUAUGAAUCUGUGUAACUGCAGCAAGAGUCAAUAGUCAUUUCAAUGAGCAAACUCCUCGAAAUUAAUAAGCCCAUAAUGUUAUCACUGAACUAUGAAAGACGUGAUGGAACACAUUUCUUUUCUAUGGAUUUGUUUUU